CAUAGAAAUAAUAUAAUUGUUUUUUUCAAUUUAAACCUUAAAUUCGCUUAACAAAGCUAGAAAACUCGAUAUACCACAACUUCGCACAUUGGCACUUCCGCACGUUAGGACUUCAUAUUUUAGUUGGUUAUACCUAGGGCCGUAUUCAGAGUCGCGACUUAAGUGAGGACUUAAGACGUUCUUUACAAAGAUCGUCUUAUUCGAAUAAGCAAUGCUUAAGUCGCUAUGUAUUCAGAGUCGGAGAAUAAGACCGACUUAGUUAAGAAAACGAUGAAUAAGCUUUGCUUAGUAAAGUCCGUGGUUAAGCAAUGCUUAUUUGACGUUCGGCUAUUUCCGUCGAUUUUCUACUGUAACAACCAAAGAAAAUGAUUCUUGAAAAUGUAGCAUUAUUUCUUACUUAGUGACGCGGUUUUUGAAUUGAAUUCAAAUAAUUGAGCGAGCGAUAGACAGAGCCAAAUUUAUUAAUAAAAAAAGCCAAAUUUAUUAAGAACAAUUCUGAAAUAUGAACACAAAAUAACACAAAAUUAAACUAACCACUGAAAUUAUUUAAAAAUAAAAUUUAAAUGUAAUUCUUUGUAUUGAUUAUGAAUCCAAACUAAUCUACAGCGAAUUCAGCGAUCGCGGUGUAGCGGCGACAAACGUGUUGCCAUUCUUUUUAUAUUUCAUUCGAUAUGUUAGUGACGGCAUAUUUUGGAGCCUUGUCCAAAGCAAUUAGCCAGGCGCUAUUGUGCUUUCGUACCAUUUAUGAUAGGGACCAGUGCUGGUGGCCAGGUAUCAGGUACCAGGUAUCAAAAGACUGUUCAUACGAAUGUAGAAUGCGUAGAAAAGGCAAGCAGCCCGACACUGUAUUGCUAAAAAUAUGAACUUUUUCGGAGUGGGGAAGACAUUGCCUUUUGGUAAGAAGACUGUGAUGAACCCCACGGCACUUACCGUACAGCCGUACAUAGGAAAGGAAUACUGUUAACAAUGGCUACUGUGAAGAAAUACUUCACCGAUGUGGAAAAAAGUGCAUUUGUAGCAAUAGUUAAAAAGUUCGCGCACAUUGUCGAAAAUAAGAAAAGUGAUAGCAGCACAUUGAGGCAAAAAGAAGAAGCGUAGCAGGAAGUCACGCACCAGUAUAAUAUGUCGGCUGUGAUUUCAUGCAAGAGGAAUACUGUACAACUUAAGAAGAUGUGGAGUAACAUGAAAGCUGCGCAACGAAGCGCGAUCAUGAGGGAAAGGCAAUCCCGAAUGGCAACAGGGGGAGGACCGGCAGAACCGGCAGCCGAAAUAAACCCUGAAAUAGCGGAGAUCGUGCCAUCGUUGAUGCAGAAUGCACCAAGUAUAUUAUCUUCCAAUUACACAGAGGAAGAGUUGGCGAACAGACGCGAAGCUAUAUUUCAUGGAGUAUACAUUUUGGACGAUGUUGAAUUGGAUGAUAAUCCAAUUUGUAUAAAUACGAGUCAGGGAAGUAGAAACGUUACAUCGGAAGGUACUGAUGAGGGCCGUGAAGAAGAAAACUGUAAUCGGUCCCUACAAAGUAAAAAAUUAGAAAUUGAUCAAAUCGUGGACAGCGCGCUGCAGCGAAAACCGCAGAAAGCAGCCACUUCCACCGCUCCAAAGAUGGAUUAUGAUGAGAGGAGGUUGAAAUUCGAGCGAAUAAGACGCACAAUGAAGAGCGAGGAAGAAUUGGCCGAUUUGAAACUGCGGCACGAGCAACGGAAAAAUGAAUUGGAAAUCGAAUUUUUAAAAACAAAAUAUGAUUUCGAAAUCCGUGCCGUAGCCGCAGCAGCAGAGAAAGCUGAAUUUGAAUUAAAAGAAGUGAAAGCCUCCUCUCAUCAUAAUUCAGCUUUGGAGCGGCGGAAGUGAUUGGUCUUCGACGCUGCGAUCCACGGUUUGAUCAAUUUCAUCCUUUUGGUAUUCUGGGGAACGAUUACCAAUAUCACAAUGACCUUCUUCAUGGCCCUCCUCAUUAAUUUCCGUUGUAAUGUUUGUACUUUUCUGACUGGUGUUUAUACAAAUUGGAUUAUCAUCCAGUUCAACAUCGUCCAAAAUGUAUUCCUCAUGGAAUAUGGCAUCACGUUUGUUCGCCAACUCUUCCUCUGUGUAAUUAGAGGAUAAAAUACUUAGCGCAUUCUGCAUUAACGAUGGCACGAUCUCUGCUAUUUCUGGGUUGAUUUCUGCCAAUCGAGAUUGUCUUUCCCUCAUUAUCGCGCGUCGUUGCGCAGCUUUCAUG